AUGACUUGCCAUCCGAACAUCAGCCCCUUCUCCGGUGAACCAUCCAUCCUUGCCGACAGGGCACUCAAGCUUCCUCUCUACACGAAACUCGCCGGCAAACGUAUCGUCCUUGCAUCUUCCUCGCCCAGGCGCCUCAAGAUUCUGCGUGACAUCGGAAUCAAUCCGGAGGUCAUCCCUUCAAGAUUUGAAGAAAACCUCGACCAUUCAUCCUUUGAGGAUCCCGAAUCGCCCGAAGCAAAAAGCCUUCGCUAUGCGGCUGCUACCGCUUCGGAGAAGGCUAUCGAUGUCUACACCCGGCUCGUGGUAACAUCACCAGACCAACCCCCAGACCUGGUUAUCGGGGCGGACACCGUCAUUCAAACGUUUUUUCCCGGCCCAGGCGAGCUUCCCAAGAUCCUGGAAAAACCAGAUUCACCGGCCGAUCAACUUUCUAUGCUCGAGGAGCUCAUGAACGCCCCUCCAGAGACUCGGGUCACGGCCGUCACGGGGGUCGCUAUAGUAUAUCCAACUCUGGCAAGUCCAGGCUAUACAGUCAAGACUCUAGGGGAAACGAGUCGAUUAUGGUUUGGGGACGUCGGCAGGGAAAGCCUGGUAGCCUAUGUAUCUCAGGGGGAAGGAAUUGAUCGAGCCGGCGGGAUAUCUGUUGAGGGUGUUGGUUCACAGCUGAUUCGAAGAAUAGAUGGUGAUUGGAACAAUGUCGUUGGAUUUCCAGCACAUGCGUUUGUUCAAUUUCUGAAGAAGGUGAUGGCGGAAGAUAGUGAUUUCUUAGAUGAUUGA